UCCCGUAGAUGCUGUGUUCUUUUGGAGCUGGAGGCUUGCCAUGGCUACCUCCUACCCCGAGACUGAAGAAGAGGGUGGACUCCAGGAGAAGAAGGAGGAGGAGAAAGAGCAAGAGAAGGCAGAAAUGGGGGGGUACACAGGAGAGAAGUCUCCAAAGUCUCCUGCGACCAGGACUCCAUUGUCUUGGAGAGGAAAGGCCAGGAGUGAAGGCCCGGUGGAGGUCAAGUUAGAGCUGCACCCCCUGCAAAACAGGUGGGCUCUGUGGUUCUUCAAGAAUGACCGCAGCCGGGCUUGGCAUGACAACUUGCAGCUGGUCACCAAGUUUGACACUGUGGAGGACUUCUGGGCGAUAUAUAGUCACAUCAAGCUAGCUAGUAAGCUCUCUCCUGGCUGUGACUACGCCCUGUUCAAGGAUGGCAUCGAGCCCAUGUGGGAAGACAGCAGGAAUAAGCGAGGUGGUCGCUGGCUGAUCAGUCUUGCCAAACAGCAGCGCCACAGCGAGUUGGACCGUCUGUGGCUGGAGACAUUGCUGUGUCUGAUUGGGGAGAGCUUCGAGGAACACAGCAGGGAGGUAUGUGGAGCUGUCCUCAACAUUCGUGCCAAGGGGGACAAGAUCGCUGUGUGGACCAGGGAGGCAGAGGACCAGGCCAGCGUGAUGCACAUUGGGCGGGUAUACAAAGAGUACCUUGGCCUCUCUGUGAAGACCAUCAUUGGGUACCAGGCUCACAUUGACACGGCCACCAAGAGCAACUCUUUAGCCAAGAAUAAGUUUGUGGUGUGAGGGGCCCUCGGCACCACUCUUAAUGAGGGGGCCAGACAUCCCUGAGCUUCUUACCACUGUGGGGUGUUGGGGAAAGGUGGGGCUAUACAGCUGCUCCUGGGCAGGACUGGAGGGCAGAUCACCCGGUUUUACCUGUCCUGAAGUGCACAUGAACACUUUUUGUUUGUUUGGGUUGAAGGGAUACUCCUGUGUCAGCCUGCUAAACAGCUUGGACCACAGGGACUUGCCACUUUGACUGGCGUCCUAUGAAUAGUCCUUAACGUGAGUUGGGCCCAGGCCUAGAGGCAGGGUGGUGGUGGAGACAGCAGUCUGAGCUCCUAGCUUUGCCUGGGGGCCACAGGGCCAUGGCCAGGUGGAGGAAACUCUUGGAUUUGCUCAUCUUACCCGGAGACUGGAACAGCCUUUGUCCUCUCUUCUGUGGACAGGACUGCCGGUUGGGGCCAGUGGUACCUGUGCCUGGCCUGAGUCAGGGCUGGACUGAAGGAGAGGUGGGUAGAUCAGCCCCACCCCAAGGACAGGAGCUAGGUGAUAGCUGAGGCCUCACCCUGGUUUUGUUAGAGGUGGAUUCACUUGAAGAUGAUGAACCUUAAGGCCCUUUCUGUACCUGUUCUAA